AUGACCGGUCUUUCGUGGGGACUGCUUUCCACCAUGGCAGUGGUAAAUGCUAUGCCCUACAACGUUCUCCCUCGCGAUGACAAGUCGUACGAGAUCCUCGAUUGUUCAGAGACCCAGCAGGGCAUACUGAAGACGGCCUUUGAGGAUGCUGCGGCUUUGGCCAAGAUUGCAGACGACAUUGAUGAUGACAGCACCGCCUUCACGCACUAUCUCCGCACGGACGACAAGAAGGAAACGAAGAAGCUCUGGAAGGCGAUCAGGAAGAACCAAGAUGCCGGCGCUCCUUACAAGUUCAACGUCCGCUGUGCCAAGUCGUGCACCGGGGAUGAGAAGGACAGCCUGGCUAUCGCCGACUCGACCAAGGUCGACGACGACGACACGCGCCGCGAGAUCAAGAUCUGCCCGCUCUUCUUCACGGACGACAGGACCAAGAACAACCUUGCGUCGAAGUCGUACGAGGUGGACAAGCGCGGCAGCUGGUGCCAGACGGGCCAGAAGUUCAAGGACUUCGAGACGGGUGGCCACACCAUCCUCCACGAGAUGACGCAUCUCGAUGUCGUCGGCAAGGAGGGCGACCUGCCCGAAAGGACGCAAGAUGGCUUCAGCUCGCACGGCACGGAUGAUGUGCAAGGCUACGGCGACGACUACACGUCGGCUGCCCGUGCCUUUUUGACCAGCUGGGUCAAUGACAAGGACUCGAUGGAUGACAACGCUCUGAAGCCUUACCAGAACGCUGAGAACGUUGCUGCUGCUGCCACUGAAUGGUGGUUCAUCAAGAGCUGCAGUAACAUCGACAACAUCGAGCUCUGA